AUGCAGCACACCCGUUCAGUGUGUGGUGAUUUUUAUUCCGGCAACCCCACGUACCUGGCAGCCAUGUGUCAUUCGGCUUGUGUCCCCUUCUGUCCCCCGCUGCCCCCUCUGCCCCCCGCUGCCCCCCUCUGCCCCCCGCUGCCCCCCUCUGCCCCCCUCUGCCCCUCUUUUCCCCCCUCUGUCGCCUUCUGUCCCCCUCUGUCAACAUCUGUUCCCAACUGUCCCCCUCUGUGCCCAUCUGCCCCCCUCUGUCCCCCGCUGCCCCCAUCUGGCCCCCUCUGCCCCUCUCUUCCCCCCUCUGGCCCCCUCUGCCACCCCCUGCCCCCAUCUGUCCCCCUCUGUUCCCUCUGCCCUCCUCUGUUCCCCUCGUUCCUCUCUGUUCCCUCUGUCCCUGGCUUCGAACCAGUUCACUGGUCGUGUCCCAAACUCUGUAUCAAUGCUGUCCAGCCUCUUCUUCCUGUGAGUCUCCCCUGCAGUUCUGCUCUGCACUGCACAGUUGCAGCAGAAGACGUGGCUUUUGAGAACACGCGUGCACUGUCAUUAGCGGCGGACAAGCCGUGGAUCACGUGUGCGGAGCAGCGCCCGGCAGCAGUGUGUGACGCGUUCUGUGGGCUGGAGGGCGCCACCACGCCUGUUUGUAACGGCCUGGGAGUCUGCUAUCUGGACGGGCCGAAUCGUAUCCCCACGUGCCGCUGUGAGGAUGGAGCCGUGCAGGAUGGAAGAAUCUACUGCGCCCCUCCGGGGUCGGUGGGAAGAAAAGAGCUGGUGGCGCUGACCAUUCUCACAAAGGGUGCAGAAGCAACUGCAGGAGUGUUCACUGCGGACCCUCUCGCCGUCGCCACGUACCGAACAGUUCCAGACGGAUGUGGCGCCGACCUGCCAAUCCGAGUCGAGUUCACAUUCUUCAUGUUCCCCUCUGCUGGUGGCGCGUCCAAGGCGGGCCAGGGGCUCGCGUUUGUGAUUUCAGCGACGAAUGCGGCCGGGACUGGUGGGGAGGGGGGAGGGGUGGGGUACGCUGGCAUGGACGGUCGGAGCAUAGCGGUAGAGUUUGACACGUUCACAGAUGCAGCGCAUGGGGACAUGCCCGGCCACCACGUGGGGCUCAACACCGGCGGCAGCGCCACUUCCAUUGCAGCUGUCCGUUCUGGGGACAAGCCUGACUCGCCCCUACUGGAGAGCCCUCUGUCGCUGUGUGACGUGCUGCAGCCAACACAAACUAAGAGGUCGUUUUACUUUGGGUUUGUGGCGUCCUCUGUGGCUCCCUUCCAGCAGCAGCACGCCAUCCUCGUGUCCUUCGUUGAAACAGACACACAUUUUCUCUCCACCAUUGGUUAUCACUUGUCCUUCCUCCUUCCUCCACUCCUUCCCACCACAAAGUUCCCUGCACUUUCUUCCUCUCCUCCCCCCCAACCCCCCAACCCACCCGCCCACCCCCCGCCCACCCUUGUCCCCCCCCCCCUUCCCAACCUUGCAGCCUAUGGGCUCUCUGUGUCCCAAUCAACGUUCCGGCCAGCGAGUGCGAGUCCGUUCACGCGCUAUGUGAGUGCGGCGUAUGCUCUCUCGGGGCAGCAGGACGCCUGGCUCCUCCGCGAUCCCUCCUCCUGGGAUGUGCCGUGGCUCUCCUGGCCCGUCAAGGACCAGGACGCCUGCAAUGCGUGCUGGGCGUAUGCAGUGGUGGCGAGCAUAGAAGCAGCAUACGGCAUCGCAACGAACCAAGCAGCGCCGCAGCUGUCAGUGGAGUCGCUCUUUGCAGCCAUGGGGCUCACCUCUCAAGCCAAGAAAUGCACCACAGGGGGAUCUCCAACAGAGGCCUUUGAGAAGCUGCUUGCUCUGCCAAAGAAGGGACUCACUCUAGCUACCAGCAACAUUGCUGGUGUCGUGCCAAGCAAACAAGCUGCUGUAAGUGUUGCAUGCAGUGAGGCGAUUUCUAAGGUGAAGUACUAUCCUGUUCAAGGGUUUGAGCGCACGCGGUUCAAGGGGUAUGUGGGGCUCAUGCUGGCAGUGCAGCGGCAGCCAGUGGUGGUUCAUAUUCAGGCAUCUGCUCCCACGUUCGCCGCUUAUGAUGGGGUGAGUGGAACUCAUGUGACAAGGUAUUAA